AUAAUAUCUAUUCCAAAGACCACACAACCUUUCUCGCAAUACUGAGAGUAACAUUAAAAAUAAAAACCAGCUAACCAGAGAUGGUUCGCCGUCUUUACGGUGGCUUCAUGGCGUUGCUGAAGAUGUGCGGUGGUCAAAACAAUUCUGGGGGAGAAGUAUCAGCCGAAGACGGCGGAAAUGGUGGAGAACGUGGCAUCUUCUUCGAUCUCCAAGAGCUUGAAACCGCGACUGACUUAUUCUCCGAGAAGAAUCGGCUCGGACACGGCGGAUUUGGCCCUGUCUACAAGGGACUGAUGCCGAGUGGUGAAGAAGUAGCUGUGAAAAAACUAGCGGUGAAUUCUAGACAAGGGUCGAGAGAAUUCACGAACGAGGUUAAGCUCUUGCUUAGGAUUCAACAUAAGAACUUGGUUUCGUUGCUGGGUUGUUGCUUUCAUGGUCCGGAGAAGAUGCUGGUUUACGAGUAUCUCCCUAACCGGAGUCUCGAUUAUUUUCUCUUCGAUAAGAUAAAUCCCGGUUUACUUGACUGGUACAGUCGAUGGCGAAUAAUUAUAGGCGUGGCAAGAGGACUGUUAUAUCUACACGAAGAAGCUCCGAUUCGAAUACUCCACAGAGACAUCAAAGCCAGCAACAUUCUUCUAGAUAAUGACUUAAACCCGAAAAUCUCCGAUUUUGGUUUGGCCCGGUUGUUCCCAGGCGAUGGCACUCAUACAAAUACAUUUAGAAUCUCUGGGACUUAUGGCUACAUGGCUCCUGAGUAUGCCUUGCAUGGGCUUUUAUCUGUCAAAUCGGAUGUUUUCAGCUUUGGAGUCUUGGUUUUGGAGAUAGUUAGCGGAAGAAAGAACCAAAAUCCUCGACUUGGACCGGAAAUGGCCGAUCUCUUGAGCUAUGCGUGGAAGAUGUACCAAGAAGGCAAAAUUCUGGCAUUGGUGGAUCAAUCUCUAGCAGGAGUAUACAACCGCGACGAAGCAGCCACAUGUUUCAUUAUAGGGUUGCUCUGUUGCCAGCAAAUCACAUCAAAUAGACCGGACAUGAACACGGUUCAUCAGAUGUUAUCCAGCGAUUCGUUCGAUUUGCCUAGACCGGGUCGUCCUGGACUCCAAGGUCGUAGAGGAGGCGGCUAUACAAGUACCGGGACCGGUACAGGAGGUGGUUCAAAAAGUUUUGGAAUAACCGGUAGCGAACCAAACAGUUUUAAAAGUAGAAGAAGUACCGGAGGAGCGUCUGGACAGAAUAACGUCGUUGAGGAGUACUCGAGGACCUCCAUUACCAUGUCUUCCUUCGCGGAAGGUAGAUGAAUUUUAAACAUGUAAAUGCAUCCAUUAUAUUAUAUGUUCAUGGAGACGAAGAGAGGGACUUUUUAUAUUUUAUGUUCAUGGAUCAUAUCGUUAUAUUUGAGUUAUUACGAGUGUUUGGAACACAUUUUGAUAUAAAUCAUAUAAAUGGAUC